AUGGGGACUAGAGUGCGCCUUGAUGAAAUAAUCGGUCCCCCAUUUAAUAGCUUGGAGGGCAUGGGUGAGCUCGCCGGCGGCGGCCAUCUGAUCCCGGAAUUCGAUCACUCCCCACGACAGCAUUGUGAUGUGCGUUACCCCCUGUUCGAGGCCGUCGGUGAGGCCGGAGUGGUGGCGCCACGUCACCCUCUGACUGUACGGCAGGCGGCCCGACCGCUGGGCCUCGAAGUAGAGGAGGCUUUUGGAGAGAGCAUCAGAAUAAUCGAACAAAAUCUCAGACAAGUAAUUAGUAAGUGCGAUUUUGACUUGAGGAGAUUAAGGAAUAACGAAUUUGUCGGGAGGUUGGAAUAUUACAGAGGGACUAUAACGAAUCCGGGAAUUUGGAGCUAUGAAGGACCUGCGGACCUUCUGGGUUCAUCUUGCCAGCAAGCAAGACUCCAGGCAGCAAAGAAAUCGGCGAAGCUUGUAGGACCUGCUGACACUUUGAGCGCGCCGACUGCGGGCCCUGACGUGCUUCCUCUUGGCCACCUUCCACGCAUCGCUGCACCUCUCCAGAGGAAACUCCAUCAGACGUCGGCUUCGACGCGAUCAGACGGAAUUUGA